UUAGGUAUUUCUAUAAGAAAAAUUAAUUUAUAUUGCUUUAAAAUUGUAACUUAAAUAUGUUUUUAAGUGACUAACGGCAAUUAUUUCCUAUAUUCAUUUAAAAAAAUUUAUUAUUGAUUAUUAAACACAAAUUUGGGUCACCAUCUUACAGCAUAAUGCAUAGCAUUGAUAUUUCAUCAACGGAAUAUUAUAAAUAAACGUUCAAUUUUGCUGGAUGUAAACCAUAUAUUUAUUAUAAAUUUCAUAAAAGAACUACCUGAACUAAUUUUUUAUAUAUAAAAUAUAAAAAAAAAUUCGAAUUUAUUUUUGUUUUUACUUAGAAAAUAACGUUUAAACUUAAAAAUAUUGUGUAUAUAAAGACAAUUCUAUUCGAUUUCGUAGAAAAUAUAAGCCCUAUUGCAUGAUGAAAUGCGAAUGUGUAAACAAAAUACUUGAGAAAGUUAUAAUAGCUGACGAAAGAGCAAAUCGAUGCAUGAAUGAUAUUUAAGAUCAUUCUUAUCAGAUAGACGGUCUGAAUAUAAAUCGUCGAUAUUAUGCGUCAGAAGACAAGCAAAUUACUAAUGAGUCAAUAAUCAUACUUUGAUCAUGAAUAACGGCUUCGAAAAAGUAUCAACAAGAGCAGUGAUGCAGGAAUAUUGGAAGAAUUUUUCUCCGAGUAAUGAAAGUAUGAUGUUAGAUCCUAAUGCUGAGAUUUUAGGACCCGAAGAACAACUGGAAAUUUUGUCAUAUUUACCCGAUUUAAAAGAGAUGGAAGUGCUAGAACUAGGAGCAGGAAUUGGUCGAUUCACUGGCGAUUUGGCUAAGAGAUCUAAAAAUGUAACUGCGGUUGACUUCAUUGAUGACUAUAUUAAAGAAAAUAAGAAAAAACAUUCGUCUCUUCAGAAUAUUAAAUUUAUGAGAGCUGAUGUUACAGAAUUAGAAUUUAGUGCUAAAAAAUUUGAUAUGGUAUUCAGCAAUUGGUUAUUUAUGUAUCUGAAUGAUAAAGAAUGCGUUUCUUUAGUUCAGAAAGUGAUAAAAUGGCUAAAACCAGAUGGUUAUUUAUUUAUUAGAGAAUCCUGUUAUAAGUCAUCUGGUGGGAUCAAGAGGUCCACAAAUCCCACAUUCUAUCGAAGUCCUGCUACUUAUAAUGCUUUAUUGCAAAGCAUCAGGUUAAUACCACAAAUUUAUUCUCCUUUACAAGAAUCUCAGUCCUGGGAGUUGAGAGUCCUGAAUGUCAGAUCACUACGAACUUACAUCAAGUAUAAGCAGAAUCCCUGGCAAGUUUGCUUUCUUUCUGUUAAAAUGUCUGGAGAACAACUCUCUUCAGCAACAACUCAUGACAACUUUCAACACUUCUUGGAUCAACAACAGUAUAGUCGAAGAGGUGUUAGGAGGUACGAAUGGAUUUAUGGAGAAACAUAUUUAAGUACAGGUGGAUUAGAGACUACAAAGGAAUUUGUUCAGUUAUUAAGACUUAAGCCUGGCAAUAAAGUUCUUGAUGUAGGUAGUGGGUUAGGAGGACAUGAUUUUUAUAUGGCAAAGAAUUUUGGAGUUACAAUUCAUGGAGUUGAUUUAUCUGUAAAUAUGAUGUCAUUAGCUUUGGAACAUUUGGCUAAACGGCCAGAAUUAGAAUCAAAAAUACACUUUGAAAUAUGUGAUAUUACUCAGGCUGAGUUUGAACCAAAUACAUUUGAUGCAAUUUAUAGUAGGGAUACUUUACUCCACAUUGAAAAUAAAUAUGAAUUAUUUCAGAAGUUUCUGAAAUGGUUAAAACCUGGUGGUAGGAUCUUAUUUUCUGAUUACUCUCGUGGAAAUAAAGAACAUACCGAAGAAUUUAAAGAAUAUAUUAAACAAAGAGGUUACCACUUACUUACUCUUGAAGAAUAUGAAAAGUUGUUGAAUGAUGUUGGAUUCAUAAAUGUUAAUUGUAAAGAUGGAACAGAAGAGUUCCUUCAAGCAUUGAAAAAUGAAUUGAAAAAACUACAUUCAGAAAAAGAAAAUUUUCUUUUGGAGUUUACAGAAGAGGAUUUUAAAUACUUAAAUGACGGUUGGAAUGCCAAAAUAUUAAGAGCACAAAACAAAGAUCAAACAUGGGUGCUGUGUUAUGGAGAAAAAGCUAAAUAAUAGACCAAUUUAUUAUUCUUUAAGUCAUUUUUUAUGUUUAUAUUUUAAAUAUGAAAUAUUUAAUUAUAAUGCACAAUGCAUAAUAAUGAAAAAUA